UUAAAAUUUUAUCUUUUCAAGUUUUCUUUUGUGAUAUUGUCAGCUAACAAUCGGGCUAAGGUUGACCCUGGGCCAUUUCUACGGAGAAUUAUUUAUCGCAUAGCAAAUAAUCAGUUGGCCGUGUAUUUGGUAGUGCUUAAUUCAGCAUCGAUUUUAUUUUUCAACCUCUGAAAGCGGAUAUCGAUGAUAGCAUUUUUUUUAAAUAUUGAUAGCACUUUUUGCAAUAAGAAAUGCUACUAAUUUGGUUUUAUAUUUAAUCAAACAGCUGCUUUCACUUUGAUUGCAAGUCCUCAUUAAAAAUUUGAUGAAUAUAUAAAGUUGGCAAAAAAUGAAUAAUUUAUUAAAAUACUUCAGAAAAGUUCAUACAACAACAAGUAGUUUAUUUGAAAAUUCUUGUAAAUUCAAUAACCUGCAAUAUCGUAUAGCUCAGGCUGGCCAGGCUGGAUUCCAUAACAGCGCGUCUUUAACUGCGAAAUGGAAUAAACAGAAUCUUGGUCCAACUAAAUGGCCUCUAUAUAAUAAAGUUGUACAUCCCCCACAAAAGCCUGAUGAGGAACCUAGGAAAGGGUACGUGUGUCACAUGCGCACAAAUAUCAAAUACAGUCCAGAUAAAAUGUGGUACAUCGCUGCAUUCGUACGUGGCAUGUCAGUGGAUGAGGCUUUAAAACAAUUAAAAUUUGUCCUGAAAAAAGGUGCCACAGCUGUUAAAGAAGUAAUAAUGGAAGCUCAAGAAAUGGCCGUUAGAGACCAUAAUGUCGAGUAUAAGAGUAAUUUGUGGAUUGCCGAAUCAUUUGUUGGCAAGGGGCGAGUGUUCAAAGGUGUACGUCGGCACGCUCGUGGCCGCACUGGCGAGGUUAGGUAUAAACAUUGUCAUUACUUCGUACGUUUAGAAGAAGGUGAACCGCCUAAAAAUUAUUAUUUGCCCGUACCGCAAACACCCGCUCAACAACUUAAUAAAUGGCUAGAACAAAUGCGUAUGCGCAAAGUCGUUAACUCAUUGUAAGCUACGGAUCGUAAUAUUCACAAACAAUAAAGUCAAUUUAAAAUGA